UUCCUGGAACUCAUUUACGAACAUUUCCAUCAAAGAGAAAUGGACCAUUUGCGUAAAUCAGUGCAAACCCAGCUUUAUGCUCAGAGUGUUAAUGUGUAACUCAGUUGCUGUGGAUGUUCUGGGUUUCAGUAAGUGUUGUAAGAAAAUAUUUUUAUUCCUGCUCUCUCCAACUGGUCAGGCAGCGUGUGGAGGAGUGAACUGGGACAGUGUAAGAUUUUGCAGCUGUUCAUGUCUUGGAGUGCAUAACUGCUUGUAGUCAUAGGAAAUGCAUCACUGCAGCUCAGCAGAUUGGCGAUGACUCACUGCGCUCUUUAACAUAUAAACCUCUGGAGGAACCGCUCACUUCUUGUGGCUGCACAUUCUCACAGGCUCUGUGUGUCCACCCGCAAAAAAAACUUUGCCGUAUUGUCCAACAUUGGAGUAUUGAAAAAAUGAAAAACUUGUAUUUAUCAGUAUUGCUUUUUACUAUGUUCUCUGCAGUUUCCUCUUCUGUACUGCAGAGACGGAUGGAAUUUGUUGAGGCAAUGACUUACCUGAGGCGGUAUGGUUACCUCAACACACCACUGGACAAGGAGUCACAGGUAGACUUGAGUGAGGAGGCUAUAAAAGAAGCCCUGAGUCUUUUUCAGAGAGUGUCAGGUUUGCCAGUCACUGGAAUGGUUGACGAAGCGACAGUGUUGAAAAUGAGGCAGCCACGCUGUGGGGUUGAGGAUCCUUUCAAUCAAAAAUCCAAUAAAUAUAGGCGAUUUGGUGGAAUUUGGAGAAAAAGGAGUCUGACAUAUCGUAUAUACAACUACACACCUGAUUUGGGGAAGGCUGCGACUCAGAGGGCCAUUAGAUUGGCUUUUAAGUACUGGAGUGAUGUCACUCCAUUAAGCUUUAAGGAGAUUGAAUAUGGGCGUGCAGAUAUUAGGAUCUCAUUCCAUGCCAGGACUGGCUGCCUAGCACCUUUUGAUGGACCAGGUAAUGUACUUGCUCAUGCCGAAGCCCCUCCAUCAGGGAUCGUACAUUUUGAUGAGGAUGAGUUGUGGACUGAAGGAAAAUACUAUGGCUCUAACCUGCGAAUUGUGGCGGCUCAUGAGAUCGGCCAUGCACUCGGUUUGGGUCACUCUCAAUACAGUGACGCGCUCAUGGCUUCACACUACUCUGGCUAUAAGGUCAACUUCAGACUGCACCCUGAUGACAUCAGAGGCAUCCAGGCAUUAUAUGGUAAAAGGACCUCCAAUACCAUCACAGAUGAGGACAUUCAUGCCUUGCGCCCCACAACCAUACCACCUUUCCCACGAGUUGAUGUUCCAGAUCCAUGUGAUGCCAAACUUGAUGCCAUAAUGCUAGGUCCUUGGCGGAAGACCUUUGCUUUUAGUGGGGAUUACAUGUGGACGAUCACAGAUAUGGGACAUAAUGCUCCAAUAAAGAUCAAGCAGCUGUGGAAAGGCCUGCCAGGGAACCUGAACGCUGCCGUGUACUCACCAAGAACCAACAAGACUUACUUCUUCAAAGGUGAUAAAGUUUGGCGCUACACAAACUUCCAGCUUGACUUCGGCUACCCCAAACAGUUGACCAGAAUCCCAGCUAACAUUGAUGCUGCUUUGUACCUUGAGAAGAACAAAAAGAUUUUCUUCUUCAAGGGCUCGGGGUUUUGGCAAUGGGAUGAAAUGGUGUAUAAUGACCUGAGCAUUUACCCCAAACCCAUUUCCCGCCUCUUUACCGGCGUUCCAUCCAACCUGGACGCCGCCUUUACGUGGACCAACGGCAAGGCGUACUUCUUUAAAGGUGAUAAAUAUUGGCGCAUAAAUGAGCAGCUAAUGGUGGAUCCAGGUUAUCCGUUCAGUAAACGGGAGCGGUGGAUGAGAUGCACCCACUGAGAGUUUGAUGAAGAGCGAAAGAGCAUUUUCAACACCUUACGGCUUUAAACUGCAUAAGAGUCAUGGAAAUGAGCACUGUUGAAACGCAUGCUGUUGUGAUUUACUUUCAACGAGUUCACAGAGGAAAAGUGUGCCCACUUUUUUGCACGUGCCCUUUCUUUCACUCUCUUGCAGUCUGUUGAGUAGACGUGCCAAUAUUACAUUUUGCCUAACUAUAGUUCACAAUAUUGCAUUUUAAAAUUACCGUUACAUUAAUCCUGGAAUCUGAAAAACCUUUUAACACGCGUAUAAUUUUUGCACUCUCAUUGUAACAUUGCCCAAUUGUUAGUGCUUCUAUAGUUGUCAAACUGCUCCAGAGGUUACGGUACUGUAGUUUGCCCAUUUGUUAAUCAUUUUAGUGGACAAUACAAAAAAAAAGAAAAAGAAAACCAUCUGAAUGUGUUGUCAGCCUUCUCUAAAAUGUGAAUAUCGUGACCACAUUUUGAAGUGUCAGUGCUGGCAAUAUUGUCCAAGCUAAUUAUUGUGUUAUAUAUUAUUACAGUUUAUUGACACAUCUCCAGUUGUGAUAAACGUUGUAGCAGAUCAUCAGGGAGGAGGAAAGGAGUGAUAAAUUUGUCUCUGUAUCUCAAACCAUUUCUAUCAUGAACUUAGGUUUAGUUGAUGAGCAACUUUUCAUUUAUUCUUUCAGUAAAAGAGUGUAUAAAGAGCUGGGUUCAGUCUAUUAUCGUCUAUCCCUAGUGGUUUACAUUUUGGUGUUUAGCUUCCUUUUGAAAAUGUAAAGGCUGUUCUUUCCCAGAAGAAACCCCCACCACGCAUGGGCUUGGUGUUUGGUCUGGUGCUUGGUGAGAGGAGGAGAUGUGUGCAUCCUCUCCUUGUGUUCCUGCUUAGAUUUUUGAGAAUAUAAUUAUUAUUAAUGAACAUUUCAGUUUCAGGGGUUUAUUUGCUCAGUUUGAAGUCAUGCUUUUGCUAAUUUCAGGGACUAUACUGUACUGUCAAUGCACUGAGAGAGAAAACAUAGGAGGUGCGAUCAAAAAGUUCCAGGACUGUUCCUGUUGUGAACGGAGUGUGGCAAGGGUCAUGUGCAUGCAGCAGGAGCGAACAGUACCUCUCUUGAGUCAAUAUGCCAUGUAACAUCAUGCUGUCAAUAUCAGGACGUGCGUCAUGUGCAUCAAGAGGGGCCAAAGGUCAUCCUCCAGUGAUGUCUUGAAACGUGACUGCCACUCAGAACACCUCGCCCAGCUUAUUGCUUCAUUGCCGAAGACUUUCUGAAGCAUUUCCAGGGUCUCCAUUGCAGAUUCCUCACGUUUGAUACAAAAUUUGAUGUUUGCUCUCUGGUCCAUAGUGAAAUUGAUAACAUACAUGUGCACAUAGUCACAAAAACAUGUGCAACACAUGUCCCGAUACUGGCAGGGCGAGGUCACGCUGCAUGUGCAUGACCUUGCCACGCUACGUUCGUUUGCAAGAGGAACAGUCCUGAAACAUUUUGAUCGUAGCUCGUACAAGUAUGAUUUACAUUUUAGUGCCAUGAGAUCAUGUAGCAAUACACACAUCUGCAGCCGAAAUGGAAAAUAUCGAUGCAUAUUCAAGACCAGCAACAGAGUGGGCACUACUGAGGCUUUGACUCCUGCUGUACAUGCUUCUCAGGUGAAGAUAAGACAGUAUAAAAGCUAGUUUUUUUGUUUCUAUGUUUUCUGCAUAGAUCAUCUGAAUUAUUUAAAACCAAUCUUGCCAUCUGACUCCAUUAGAAUCUGUGACCUAUAAUUAUUUAUACAAAACGUACACAUUUGGAUAUGCGACAGCUCUAUAGAUACGUGAAGAUCUUGUCCAAGUGUAAAAAAUUGGUGGUGGGAAGUUUUCUUCAUUUCAUUGUCUAUUUUUUUUUCUUUUAAGAAUUCAGUAAUUAUUCAUUCUGUCCUAUAAUAAAUCAUUUCAGUUUAAUUUGAUACCAGACCAUGUUCCCAUUUGUAGGUGCAAAAAUGCAUGCUUCUUUCCAGACUAUUUUAACUGUAUGGACCAAUUUUGUACUUCUGACUUGUAAUGAAUUGUUUCAAGUUUGAUUUGAUAUGAUAUCAGAUCGUGUUU